AACUCCGCACGUUCAACCACUGUGACUUUCAAGAAAAACUGAUAAACUACUUUAAGUUCUCGAAAAAAAGUGGAUCGCAGCGACGAUGCCGAGAGAUUCAGAGAGACGCAAUGAAAGGUGGACGGCGGAGAUGAGUUAUUCGUACUGGCUUCUCUUCAUUCUGACCGCCUCCGUGGCUGCUGGUGGAUUCUCGACUUUUCUCAUAUUCGCUCUCCGUUUCAAAAAUCAUCAUGCCGCCAUGUGGUCCCUGUCUGCAGGGAUCUUCAGCUCGGCCGCAUUUCACUUACACAUCUUGAAUCUCCUCGGCCGCCUCGCCACUUGGCAUGACCGGCAAUCUCUGAAUCAGAUCAAAUACCUUGCCAUAGUAGUCUGCGCUCUAUCUACGGUAGGCGGUGCCGUUUACGGUGCCUUGGCGUACAAAGCCAAGCAAGAGAUCGAUUUCGGAGAGAACAACUUCGUUUUGUCCUGCGUUUCUGCUGCUCUGAGUUUGAAAUCCGGAUUAUCUUUGUUCUUCACAGCGAAGUUCUAUCGUCGUCAAAUCCUAAUAUCGGGCCACUUACCUCUCGUCGCCGAGCCGGGAAGCGAUUUCUACGACUAAUCCUGUUGAGUUGCCAUCUACACUGUUACCUGGGCCGUGGCCGUACACGGGCUGAAUAAGCCGAGAGUGCCAUCUAGUUGUCGAACUCAUCGUUGACACUAUGUAUCUAACAUCGAAUCUAGACGUGAUAGAUCUGAUUCCGCUGCAAUCUGUAGAGCUGACUCUGACGCGAGCGAAUGUAUUUUAUUGAAAUUCCCCAAUCUUUCCCAGAAUUUAUAGGCUCUCUAUCACAUUCUGGAGAGCCGAGACCAAUGUACAGUUUAGGGAGAAUAAAUCUUUAAGUUUGUAA